GAAGCGAUGUCCUGACAGUCCUCAAGGGACAACAAACAAGCGCUGAUGUCACCUAUAAUAGGUAUAUUUUUGGAUAAAGGUUUUAUGGUAAACCACUCGAGGAAAGGAUCCUUGUAAACAUCUAAUUAUGAUAUGAGAGAGGAUGGGGGACUGGAAUUUAUUAGGCAGUAUUUUAGAAGAGGUCCACAUUCAUUCCACCAUCGUGGGAAAGAUCUGGCUAACCAUCCUCUUCAUCUUCCGGAUGCUUGUGCUUGGCGUUGCGGCCGAAGACGUCUGGGAUGACGAGCAGAGUGAGUUUGUCUGCAACACGGAGCAGCCCGGCUGCAAGAACGUGUGCUACGAUCAGGCUUUUCCCAUUUCCCUCAUACGCUACUGGGUCCUGCAAAUCAUCUUCGUGUCCUCCCCCUCACUCGUCUACAUGGGCCAUGCGCUGUACCGUUUGAGGACCCUUGAAAAAGAGAGGCACAAGAAGAAAGCCUGCCUGAAAGCUGAACUGGAGGGGACGGACCCCGUCCAGGACGGGCACAAGAGAAUCGAGCGAGAGCUCAGGAAACUGGACGAACAGAAGAAAGUGAGGAAGGCUCCACUCAGAGGCUCCUUGCUACGCACAUAUGUUUUUCAUAUCUUGACCAGGUCUGCGGUAGAAGUGGGCUUCAUCAUUGGUCAGUGCGCUCUAUAUGGCAUUGGACUGUCUCCCCUGUACAAGUGUGAAAGGUUGCCUUGCCCCAACAGUGUUGACUGUUUUGUGUCAAGACCAACAGAGAAGAAUAUUUUCAUGGUUUUCAUGCUUGUUAUUGCUGGAGUUUCUUUAUUCCUCAACAUCCUUGAGAUUUUCCAUCUGGGGCUGAAGAAAAUCAAAGACAGUUUGUAUGGAUAUAAGUAUGGAGAUGAUGAGAGUGUUUGCAGGUCAAAGAAAAACUCCAUGGUACAGCAGGUUUGCGUGCUCAGUAACUCCUCACCGCAACGGUUGAUGCAGCUCACGCAAAUGACUUGCUCUGAUGUUCAUGGAGAACUUCUGCCUUACAAUGUGGUCUCGAUGGCCACUCAGAACCAGGAGAGCUCCAACAACUCCAACCAGCAGCCCCCCGCACAGAUGCAGUUGGCGUGCCGGGAUAACAGGAAGCCCUCGUACAGCAGCGAGGAGUCAAACGGACCUCAGAGUUCGGGAAAGCCGCACUACGGAGGACCGCGGGCAACGCUGAUGUCCAGCCACAUGGAGAUCCCAGCCGCUCUGAAGAACCCGCAGAGGAAGCAGAGUAAAGUGAGUGUUUACAAGGAGCUCAGUGACAUGAGCGAUUCUCCAGAGAGUGGCCACUACCCUGGCGCUGCCAGGAAGUGCAGUUUCAUGUCCCGAGGAAUGUCGGAGGCUCAGCUGGCCAGUCCGUCCGACACUUGCGAUUCUCAAAGUGGGACAGACGGCGAGGCGCAACACCUCACCCAGGGAGAGAGUCCAGCGGUGACCCCACCUCCUCCGGCUGGCGGGAGGAGGAUGUCCAUGAGCAUGAUUCUGGAGUUGUCUUCAAUCAUGAAAAAGUAAAUUGAAGUGGUACUUGGGACAAAGCCAGAGACAUCUUGAGACAUCUGUUCCGCGGCGACAUUGUCUUCACAGCAUCUUUAUUUGCGUUUGCACAGAAGGUUCAGUGCAGUUACGUUCACACUACUUAACAGGCAUCAAACCUUUCCAUUCUUUUCAUUUAGAGUUCAAUUGUUUUCUUCAGCGUAUUCUUACCAGAAUAGAUUUCCAUCUACUUGUUUAGAUCAGUGGGUGGUAGGAGUCAUCACGACCAUAUCUGUAUAUAUGUUAAAGCACACGACUGCUCCGUCAUGACAUUACAACAUGAUACAUGGAACAGCAAAACCUUUUUAUUUGUGGACUUGGCAACAAAAAGAUGACAGAAUUCUCUAAACCACAUUCAUAUGUAUGCCUGUAUAUAACCAGUACUCGAGUUGUAAAAAAGAAUCAGGGGGGAUGGUGGAUUUUAUCAUAUGGGGACAGAUAAUUUGUGCUGAUUACAAAUAAUAUAAUAUAUUACAAAUAAUAGCACUGACCAAAACACCUGCAGAAAUACUGCAGGAAUGACAUAGCAGCAGUUAAAUGCAGCCUUCUGUAAGCUUUAAAUAUCCACUGGGCUUACAUCAAAUACAUCAAAACACAACAAUAAAAAACACUUUUCUGAACUUAUCAAUAUGACUCUGUCCUUCACAGGAUAAGAAAAAUGGAUCACUGCAAAAACUCAAAAUCUUAACAAGAAUAUUUGUCUUAUUUCUAGUUAGAAUGUCUCAUUUUAGUAAAAAAAAUCUCAUUACACUUAAAACAAGACUCAUCACUGGAAAAAAUAACAAUUUUCACCUGUUUCAAGUAAAUUUUCACUUAAAAUAGAAGAUAGUAGAAUAGUAGAAUAGUAGAAAAAUCUGCCAGUGGAACAAGAUUUUUUUUGCUUGUAAUAAGAAGAUAAAUCUUGUCCCACAGAUUUUUCUACUUAUUUCAAGUGAAAGUUUACUUGAAACAGGUGAAAAUGGUCAAAUAAGUUAUUUUUCUGGUGUUAUUUUUCUGGUGAUGACUCUAAAUGUUGAAAUAGCAGUAAAACCACAUUCAUUGAUGAAAUGACAUAAGGGAUGGAAAGGGGGGAUGGCAGUUUUACUGGGGGGAUGAUUUUGACCGUUUUUAUUUCAGGGGGGAUGAUUUGGACCGUUUUUAUUUCAGGGGGGAUGCAAUCGCCCCUCAUCCCCCCUCAACUCGAGUACUGGUGGUAGGAGUCAUCACGACCAUAUCUGUAUAUAUGUCAACGCACACGACUGCUCCGUGACUCACAUUACAACAUGAUACAUGGAACAGCAAAACCUUUUUAUUUGUGGACUUGGCAACAAAAAGAUGACAGAAUUCUCUAAAGCACAUUAAUAUGUAGCCUGUAUAUAACACACUAAAUGUAUCCAGCUGCACAGAACAAAGGCUGAGAUAUAAUGGAAAUGGGAGCUGCCACCUUUUUCUGGUCAUUUUCAAUGUCGUGGUCACCCCUCCUGUUUAAGCCAAAUCUUGUGUUGCCAGGUUGAAUACUUUUUUGCUUCCUCGAGUACAUGUAUGUAAGGUCACGAUUUGAGGUGGCCAACCCUGACAGCCCUGGGAAGGUUUUAAAUUUAUUGAAAAUUAUAGAACAUUGAUAAUGUAUCCAUAAACAUAUUCUUUUGACAUGAAAACACAUACACCAGAAUUUUUUUUUUCUUUUUUCCUGACAAGACUUACUACCACUACGGAAGAGUAUCAGGGCCAGGCAGGAGAAAAAUAAAAAUAAUAUUUUAGGAUAAUAAUAAUAAUAAAUUUCAUUUAUAACGCACUUUCCAUUCGGAGAAUCUCAAAGUGCUACAAGAGGGAAAAAAAAAAAAAAUCAUUGAUCAUUGAUCAUAGCUAGCGUAUGCUUUGUUAAAAAGGUGUGUUUUCAGUCCUCUCUUAAAAUAGAGGAGGAAGAUUCUUUUUUCAUUAUGGACUUCGAGAAAAAAGUGGAAAUGCCGAGAUUAAUGUUGAAGUACAAUGUCGAGAAAAAAGUCAAAAUGUUGAGAAAAAAGUCACAAUUUUGUGAAUAAAGUGGAGAUUUCAACUUUAUUCUCGAAAUUUCAACUGUAUUCACAAAAUUUCGACUUUAUUCUUGAAAUUGUAUUUCAACAUUAAUCUCGACAUUUCCACUUUUUUCUCGAAAUUGUAUUUCAACAUUAAUCUGGACAUUUUGACUUUUUUCUUGACAUUUCCACUUUUUUCUCGAAGUGCACAAUAAAAAAAAAUCUUUCAAAAAAUCUCUCUCAAAUAUUUUUUCUCCUGCAUGGCCCUAAUACUCUUCCGUACUACCACCCACUCACAGCUUACACAUGCAAACUGUGUGUUUUUGGAAUUGCAAUCUGUAUUCUGUAGUUGCUGAUACAUCUGUGCUUGCAAAAAUAAAUGACCAUUAUUUGCUUGGA